GCCUCGCACCAUCGUUGUAUAACGUAUAUCCUUAUUUUCAUCGUCACCAUGAUGGAAUAUUACGCUCGUAACUUUAUAAUUAUGAUCGUUUUAUUUAUCAUAACAAUACUCUCUCGCGUACCUCCAUGAUUGGCUGGCGCAAGUAGGCCUAUGAGGUACCCGUGAAUUUCGUGUCAACCACGACAGCCAAUAAGAGUGUCGAAUUUUUUUGUCAAAACACAAAAGUUCUUCUGUCUUUGAAAGACAGAUAGAAGACAAAAAAAGAUCUAUGUUUCUUCCUUCUUCGUCUUCUUUGUUUUUCAUUACUUCGAAGAAAAUGGCGAACGACAGCGACAACGAUUUCAAAAUGGAUUAUUCUAUGGAACUAACAGAGCGGGCGCACGAUGACGUGAUUGUCGUAUCGGCUGCGCGGGAUCAUCCCUCUCCCCUGCCACGAGCCGUGGCACAGCCAGGGCCAGGGCCAGGGCCACGGCCACAGCCACAGCGAAUGACAGAGUACCCUCCAGCGGACGAAGAACGAAAUUAUCAACGCCGUGGAAAUCGUGCCGGAAGGAGGGCACGGCAAAAUUACGCAUAAAAUUUCCUUUGCCGCAUGCUACGAAAACUAGCCAACCAAGGGCCCUAUCGGGCGAGGGGUCGAGGCGGUGGCUAACAAACAAUGUGCUUAUAAACAAUAAAUAACAUGUUAACAACGUUUAAAAGGUAUUACAUAUUAUUAUAAUAUAUUAUUGUUCAAAAAAUAUUUAAUAAUGCGUUUUUUAUUAUUUCUUGCGGUCCUUCUUU